UUGUGACUGGUUGUACAAAUGGUAUUGGUAAGGAGUAUGCAAGACAACUAGCAGAGCAUGGUGUGAAUAUUGCUUUAUUGAGUCGCUCUAAAGAAAAGUUACUGAAAGUAGCUAAAGAAAUAGAGUCCAGUUACCAUGUCAAAACCAAAAUUAUCGUUGUCGAUUUUACUGGCGGUUAUGAAAUCUAUCAAGAUAUAAAAACUCAGCUGAAAGACUUAGACAUUGGUGUUUUAGUUAAUAACGUUGGUAUAGGGAUGUCUGUAUUUGAAUUUCUUGAAAUUGAGGACUUAACUAAGAAAGUGACUGAUAUUGUAAAUGUCAAUGUUUUGGCAGCUACUAAAAUGACCCAACUGGUGUUGCCAUGUAUGGUUGGCAGAAAAAAAGGCGUUAUUAUCAACAUAUCUUCAUCUGCGGGAAGAGUUCCGGUACCACUGAUGAUGGUUUAUUCAUCCACCAAGGCGUACAUGGAUUUCUUUUCUCGGGGUUUGAACGAGGAAUACAAGCACAAAGGCAUCAUUGUUCAGUGUGUAAUGCCAUACUUUGUUUCCACUAAUAUGACUAUGAACCGAAAACCAUCGUUAUUUUGGCCAACUAGCCGAGCAUACGUGACUCAGUCAUUGAGGACUGUGGGAUGGGAAACAAAGACAUAUGGUUACAUUAUGCACCACAUUCAGGGUCUUCAAAACAGAUUACCACAGUCAAUGACCAUAAAUCUUAUCUACUCAGUUCUCAAACCUUACCGUCAGAUGGCAUUGAAAAAGAGGAAUUCAUCCAAAAAAACUUUGUGA